AUGGAUAUUAAAAAUUGUAUAACUAUCAAUAAGUGGGGAUUGUUUCUAGAUGUAAAGUGUAAACACAAGAAGUCUUCUAGAGGCUUCUUUGGUAUCGAUGUAACCACAGAUCGAAAAAUCUGGACCGUCCAUAUCAACCUCCUCAAUAAUAUCACACCUUCUACCCCAAAAUUCCAAACCCCUCUUUCUCUCUUUAGCCGAACACACCCGACUCAAGUCUUCACGAUUUCGAUCUCUUUUCCGAUCUGCUUAUUGGCAGAUUUGUAA